GGAGCCGUCUCGCGCUCAGUCUUUCAGUUCAAGAUGGCGGACACAGAGGUGAAGAAGAAGAAGAAAGUGAAGAGAGUCGGUGAAGAUGAAGUCGGGGAGAUCCAGCAGAGCGGAGACUUCUUCAUCCAGCCGGAGUCUAAAGUGGCAACGCUGGACACGUCCCAAUGGCCGCUCCUCCUCAAGAACUUCGAUAAGCUGAACAUCCGGACGGCUCACUACACGCCGCUACCGCACGGCAGCAACCCGCUGAAGAGAACCAUCCUGGACUACGUCAAGACUGGCUUCAUCAACCUGGACAAGCCGGCCAACCCGUCGUCCCACGAGGUGGUGGCGUGGAUCCGGAGGAUUCUGCGGGUGGAGAAGACGGGGCACAGCGGCACGCUGGACCCCAAGGUCACCGGCUGCCUGAUCGUCUGCAUCGACCGAGCCACGCGAUUGGUCAAGUCCCAGCAGAGUGCCGGUAAGGAGUAUGUGGGGAUCGUUCGGCUGCACAACGCCAUAGAGAGCGAACACACGCUGGCCCGGGGGUUGGAGAUGCUGACCGGCGCUCUGUUCCAGCGGCCGCCACUGAUCGCCGCGGUUAAACGCCAGCUCAGAGUCCGAACGAUCUACGACAGCAAACUGAUCGAGUACGACCCCGAGAGGAGGCUGGGGAUCUUCUGGGUGAGCUGUGAAGCAGGAACGUACAUCCGGACGCUGUGCGUCCACCUGGGGCUGAUGCUCGGGGUCGGAGGUCAGAUGCAGGAGCUGAGACGAGUCCGCUCCGGCGUGCUGGGAGAGAACGACCACAUGGUGACGAUGCACGACGUUCUGGACGCUCAGUGGCAGUUUGAUCACAACAAAGACGAGACGUACCUGAGGAGAGUCAUCUUCCCUCUGGAGAAACUGCUGGUGUCCCACAAACGCCUCGUCAUGAAGGACAGCGCUGUGAACGCCAUCUGUUACGGGGCGAAGAUCAUGCUGCCCGGCGUCCUGCGCUACGAGGACGGCAUCGAGAUGAACCAGGACAUCGUCGUCAUAACAACCAAGGGAGAGGCCAUUUGCACAGCUGUUGCUCUGAUGACGACGGCAGUGAUCUCGACGUGUGAUCACGGCAUCGUGGCGAAGAUCAAGAGGGUGAUCAUGGAGAGAGACACAUAUCCUCGGAAGUGGGGGCUGGGCCCCAAGGCGAGUCAGAAGAAGAUGAUGAUUCAGAAAGGACUCCUGGACAAACACGGGAAGCCCAACGGCAGCACGCCGAGCGAAUGGAAGAAAGACUACGUAGACUACAGUGUCUCCAAGGCGACAGAGGAGUCAGCAGACACUUCAGCAAAGAGGAAGAGGGAGACAGUGGACAGCGACAGUGAUGCCCCGACACCCAGCACGCCGAGCGCUGAGGACGGGAAGAAGAAGAAGAAAAAGAAAGAGAAGAGGGCCAAACUAGAGGUGGAGCCUGAAGAGAUGGGGGCGGAGCCAGAGGAGAUGGGGGCGGAGCCAGAGACAGAGGUUGUUGAAAGUGCCAAGAAGAAAAAGAAGAAGAAGAAACAGAAAGAUGGCGACGCGUCGGAGUGAUCAACCAAUCGGUGAACAGGAAACUGGACGCAAAGCAUUCUGGGAGUUUUAUUAUAAUGGACUGCAUGAACGCAGAGAGAGAAGAGGACUGUUUUUGUUUUUUAUAUAUUUUAUUUUUUUCAGCUGUAAAUACCUAACAGGAAGUCUGUUUUUUCAAAAUAAAAGUCUGUUUUUC